GCUCCGCUCCGCGCCGCUCCCGCUCCCCGCCCCGCGGCCGCCAUGGAGACCGGCAGCAAGAUGACGGCUCGCCUGAUGCUCGCCGUGGGAGGAGCAGUGCUGGGCUCCCUGCAGUUCGGCUACAACACCGGCGUCAUCAACGCCCCGCAGAAGGUGAUUGAGGACUUCUACAACCGUACCUGGCUGUACCGGUACGAGGAGCCCAUCAGCCCUGCCACCCUCACCACGCUCUGGUCCCUCUCCGUCGCCAUCUUCUCCGUCGGGGGGAUGAUCGGGUCCUUCUCCGUGGGGCUCUUCGUCAAUCGCUUUGGACGGCGCAACUCCAUGCUGAUGUCCAACAUCCUCGCCUUCCUGUCUGCUGUCCUGAUGGGUUUCUCCAAGAUGGCUUUGUCCUUUGAGAUGCUCAUCCUUGGCCGCUUCGUCAUCGGCCUCUACUCUGGCCUCACCACUGGUUUCGUGCCCAUGUACGUGGGUGAAGUGUCACCCACUGCGCUCCGGGGCGCGCUGGGGACCUUCCACCAGCUGGGCAUUGUCUUGGGCAUCCUCAUUGCACAAGUGUUCGGUUUGGACUUGAUCAUGGGAAACGACUCGCUCUGGCCACUGCUCCUGGGGUUCAUCUUCGUCCCUGCCCUGCUGCAGUGCAUCAUCCUGCCCUUCGCCCCCGAGAGCCCCCGCUUCCUCCUCAUCAACCGCAACGAGGAGAACAAAGCCAAGAGCGUCCUCAAGAAGCUGCGAGGCACGACAGACGUCAGCAGUGACCUCCAGGAGAUGAAGGAGGAGAGCCGGCAGAUGAUGAGGGAGAAGAAGGUCACCAUAAUGGAGCUCUUCCGUUCCCCCAUGUACCGCCAGCCCAUCCUCAUUGCCAUCGUCCUGCAGCUCUCCCAGCAGCUCUCGGGGAUCAAUGCUGUCUUCUACUACUCCACCAGCAUCUUUGAGAAGUCAGGUGUGGAGCAGCCAGUCUACGCCACCAUUGGCUCUGGUGUGGUGAACACAGCUUUCACAGUCGUUUCGCUCUUUGUGGUGGAACGAGCUGGACGCAGGACUCUCCACCUCAUUGGCCUGGCGGGCAUGGCAGGGUGUGCAGUGCUCAUGACCAUCGCCUUGACGCUGCUGGACCAAAUGGCCUGGAUGUCCUACAUCAGCAUUGUGGCCAUCUUUGGGUUUGUGGCCUUCUUUGAGAUCGGCCCAGGCCCCAUCCCUUGGUUUAUCGUGGCAGAGCUGUUCAGCCAGGGCCCUCGUCCUGCUGCCUUCGCUGUUGCUGGGCUGUCCAACUGGACCUCCAACUUCAUCGUGGGGAUGGGCUUCCAGUACAUCGCGCAACUCUGCGGCUCCUACGUCUUCAUCAUCUUCACGGUGCUGCUCGUCCUCUUCUUCAUCUUCACCUACUUCAAGGUGCCGGAAACCAAGGGUCGGACCUUCGACGAGAUCGCCUCGGGUUUCCGGCAGGGAGGAACGAGCCAGAGCGACAAAACCCCGGAUGAAUUCCACAGCUUGGGCGCCGACUCCCAGGUCUAACCCACCCUCCCCAGCCUGGGGGGGGUUCGUUUUUAAACCCUUUGUACAGACACCGGGGACCGAGGCCGCGGGGCCCGACCCCGCUCCGGGCUCCCCCACCGGCUUCUCGGGGACAGACUGACCUAUUUUAUUAUUAUUAUUUUUAUUUUUAUUGGGUUGUUUUUUGUUUUUUUGGUUUUUUUUCCCCCCCUCCCUGCUAGAAACCGUUUCCCCUCAUUUUUUUUAGCUGGUUUCGCGUCCAGGAUUUCAAAGCCACCCCCUGCUCCCCAGCCCCCCCAGCGGGAGGUUUUUACCGACGCGACAGGUUUUCGACGAAGAAAUCACGUAGCAGGAGGUUUUUAAAGCUGGAACUUCUUUUUUUUCUUCUUUUUAACGUUCUAAUCGUAGGAAAAAUCAUGUAAAAUUGACUAAAUCUCAACCGACUCUCUCUAUAUAAUUUUUUUUUUUUUAAAGAAAAAACAAACCAACCCCACAGUUUUUCUUUUGUUUUGUUUUUUAAAGCGUUUCUGGCUGGUUUGAUGCCCCCGGCGGGUUGGUGGAUGGUGGUGGGUCAGGAGCCUUGUGAGGCUGCAGCAUCUCUGCUGGUGGCUUCUCCCUUCUCCUUUGCCUGAAUUCCACCCAGGAGAGGUGGGGAGAGCCUUGGGGGCAGGGGGGGGGCGUGGCUCUUGUUUUUGGGUUAAUCUCGGCAAUAUUUGCCUGACACGAAAGCGCCGGCGGAGCCAACCCCCAAACCCCCCCCCCUCCCCUCAGAUCCAUCAUCCCGCGGCUCCAUCCAUUCCCUGCUCUGUGUAUAGACUGGAAGAUAUUUAUAUUAUAUAUAUUUUUGUUCAAUGGUUGUUAAUAGUAGAUGUUUUAAGUUAUAGCGUUUCUGAUUUGACAAGCAAAAGUACUGUAAAUAUUCUGUAUUCACGUUGUAUAAUGUACACAAAAAGGUACAGAAGCCAAGGGUUAGUUUCUAUAGCCAUUGAGGAGCAGCUUGGACAGGGUUAGGAUGACUUUUGUAUCGUUCAUUACCUGCACUGUAGUUGUACCUAUUGCACUGAAGUUCAGGCUGUAGUAUGUUAAAAAAAUAGGAAAAAAAAAAAAAGAGAGAGAGAGAGAGACAGAGAGAGAGAGAGAGAGAGAGAAAUACGGUCCUUUUUCAACAAAACUGAACAAAAACUCCCCCUCACAAAGCACGUCCCCCCUCCCUGCCUGCAGCCACAGCUGCCCCAUCCCCCAAGCCACAGACCAGUUGUUUUUAAAUAGCAUUCUUCUUUUUUUUUUAUUUAUUUGUCUGGUUUGGAGGUGGCCACACUUGGAAGAAGAGAAAGGUGUCGGGGUGGGGGAAGAAAGAAGAAAGAAAGCCCCCUGUGCUGAACUGGCCUGUCGGUGCAGCACAGCCCUUCCCCCCCCCGCCCCGGUGUGGGCUUUGUGUGCAACACAUCCCUGCGAAGAAGUGCCAAGAGGAGGGCGGGUGUGAGGUGUGUGACAAUAAAGGAGAAUGUGCAGCGA